GACAGCAGCCAGUCGCUUCUGCGUGGACUGACUGCUCAAGCGGUGAGAUGGACGCAGACAGCUGUGCGCCGUUCCCUCCGCAGAACAGCAGGACGACACAGACAAACUCUCCCGGAGUGGAUCCCGCCGCUGGAGGGGGUUCUGGUUCGUUUCUGCCCUGCGAUGAACUUCAGAAACCGUUGCACUCGCACCUUCCUCCUCCUCUUCUGCCUCACCGCUUCAGCCUGCGCGGGGACCUUUACGCGGCGGCCAUGAGCAGGUUUGGAGAGUCUGCGGUGAACUUUACGCACGGUUCUGCCACGGCGAACCCGUCCUGUUCUCCGCCCAAACACAGCAAAUUUUUGGACGGUUUGAACCAGGAUCAAAAAGCAGCGACGAUCAGCCGCAAAGCAGCGUUUUAUGAGAACAGCGCGGACGUCAGAGAUAAGGGAGCACUGAAGAGCAUGGGCUUCCCUGGCCUCGGCACAGAUUGCUGUGGCAAACUAAAAGAACCAGGCAGCAGUUUACAAGGAGACUCCAUUGCUGACUCCAUUGACUUAUCAGGGAAAAACAAGAAGCGCCGCAACCGUACCACUUUCAGCACCUUUCAGCUGGAGGAGCUGGAAAAAGUGUUUCAGAAGACGCACUACCCUGAUGUGUAUGCCAGAGAGCAGCUGGCUCUGAGGACAGAGCUCACAGAGGCUCGGGUUCAGGUUUGGUUCCAAAAUCGCAGAGCCAAAUGGAGAAAGCGGGAACGCUAUGGGAAGAUACAGGAAGUCCGCAACCACUUUGCAGCAUAUGAUAUUUCUCUUCUCCCUCGCCAUGAUGCAUACCAGAGCAACCUGUGGCCAGGAGCAGCUGCAGGUGGAGGUGGCGCUUCAGGAGCUACGUGUGUCCUUGGAGCGGACUCCAUGGCCUCCUCCUGCAUGAGUCCAUAUUCCCACCACCACAGCAACCUGCAGAGCUUUAUGGGCAUGCCCACCUCCCCCACCCACACACCUCAUCACCACCCACCACACCAUCCCAGCAUCAACAGUCUCUACUCCCUUCACAGCUUCCCUGGUGGCCUCGGGCCCCCUCCCAUUGAGGGACCAGAUGCCGACUACAAACCGACAAGUUUGGUGGCACUACGGAUGAAAGCCAAAGAUCCAGGAAGCCUGCUGUCAUGGCCCACAUGACUACCACAGUACCAUGCUGUGCUGUGUGCACAGACUGAGCCAAACACUCAUGACCCACACACAGUCCAAGAUGUACACACUUAUCUCAGAAAAUGACUUGUGUUUCCUUUUUUGUACUUAACUUCGCUCAAAGCCUAUUCAAAAUUGACAACUUACAACCCGAAAGAACAACCUUGCGUCCAUUGUUCCAAACUCAAAGUACUGAAAACUGACUUCAGUUUGAUGUUACAAAACUGGAAAACUUUUUUUUCUAUUUAAGUAUGUACAAAAAAUUAUAUUCAUCACUAUUCUUUGUUGUGCUAUGAUAAUUUGAGCAGUAAUACAGAUCCCAAUCCACAUUACUGUCUCAGUAAGAGACUACGUUUGAUAAAAUGCAUAUUUUAAAAGAUUCGAAAAUGAAACAAACUUAUUAAAUAACAUUUUCUUUUGUGAUUCUUUAAUAAAAGCGAGUUUUGGAGAGCACCA